AUGGCCGUCGAACUGGGCAAAUGUGGUGCGCAGGUCAUCGUGAACUACGCCAAAUCGUCCGGCCCAGCCGACGAAAUCGUCGAAGAGAUCAAGUCGCUCGGCUCCGAGACUGUCGCCAUCCAAGCGGACGUGAGACAGGUGCCAGAGAUCAUUAGACUCUUCGGGGAAGCCGUCAAAGUGUAUGGAGGGCUUGACAUUAUUUGCUCUAACGCUGGUGUCGUCUCAUUUGGUCAUCUCAGCGAUGUCACCAAGGAAGAGUUUGAUCGGGUGUUCGGGUUGAACACACGCGGACAGUUCUUCGUCGCUCGUGAGGCGUACAAGCACCUCAAUCGGAAUGGCCGGAUUAUUUUGAUGAGUUCGAACACGCCAGAUUCGUUUACUGUGCUCGGGAGCUCGCUUUACUCUGCUUCCAAGGGCGCCAUCAACACGUUUGUCCAUUGUCUGGCCAAAGACUGCGGUGACCGGAAGAUUACCGUCAAUGCAAUCGCGCCUGGCGGUAUUGUCACUGAUUUGCUCCACGAGACAGCAAAGGACUAUCUGCCUAAUGCAGACACUUUGUCCAAGCAGCAGAUUCUCGAUGUUGUGGCGCAGGUGUCGCCUUUGACCCGAUGCGGUUAUCCCAUCGAUAUUGCCAAGGUGGUGUGCUUCUUGGCUUCGAACGAGAGUGAAUGGGUUAAUGGGAAGGUGUUGGGGAUUGAUGGUGGCGCUGCUUAA